CUUUGGAUGGUAAGAUUCUCGAUUACACUAUAUAAAUACGAACUAUGAUCAUUCAUUGCAAUUACCAACAGCCCCAAGAGACAUUUGUACUUGGAACAUGGAGUCGCGUCUUUCUUUCUUGGCACUCUUUUUUCUCAUCAUGCAGAUCACUGUCACUGUCUAUGCUAGGCCAAAUCCUGAAGAAUAUCAGCAAAACUCGCAUGUUCAUGGAGGUUCUUUGGUGUCAACCGAUGUCACAAAGAGAUCAAGCAAAUGCAACGAAAGAAAGUCCUCCAAAGAGGACUUCGAACCAAGGCCUAAUAUCUCAGUGUAUGAUAACAGCGCAGGUUUAAAAGAUAAGAAGAUGUUUCCCGAUGACUUUGAGCCAAGACCAAAUAUUUCGAUUUAUGAAAAUGGAGAAAAUGUAAAAGGUAAGAAGAUGUCUAAUGAAGAGUUUGAGCCAAGACCAAAUAUCUCCGUUUACGACAACACUGCAAGUCUUAAAGGUAAAAGGACAUUUAAUGAAGAGUUUGAGCCAAGACCAAGUGCCACAGCAUACAAAGGUUAACGGUAUGUAGUGGCGAUAAUGUUUAUUACCAAUGAAGUGUGUAAUAUAUUUGAAGCAAGAAUAAAGCGAGGCUUAAAUGUCUUGGAAUGAUGCUUUUAAAUUUGGGAGCUGGAGGACAUCAUGUAAAUUAUUAUAUCCAUAUUUUGUUGGUUUGUAUGCAUCUAUAUUUAAUUUUGGUUGGUAUGCAUCGUAUUGUGUAAUAUAUAUAUUCUUGAGCUAUUUUUGGGUUCGAUAGUUAAA